AUCAAAGGCCCAUGCAACUUUGGGUACGGGAGGAGAGUUGUAGUCAACUAGUCAAGCUGGCGAGGGCCCGCGGGGCGCCCAGGUACCUGAGAUAGUGUCCGAUAGACGUCCUUCUUGAAUGUUCUUUUGCGACAAGUCAAACCUUCUCCAGCUUCUCUUCCCCUGUUCCUUUCCCUCUGUCCCCUCCUGCUCGCUUUUCCACCAAUUGCUGCAGCGCCCAAGUUUGCUUAUUCUGUCUAUUUUUCCCAGUGUGUAUUUAUUUAGCUGUCAUCUGCCAAUCGAGCCCGAUCGUGUGCUCCAUCGCCUCGCUCACAUCAGUGGUUCCCGGAGGUGGUCCUGGCAGGCUGGAGGAGCCAGGAUUCCACUUAGCGCCCUCAUCCAUCACAAAGCUUUCCACCAUCCCCUCGACUUGUCACCGUCUUUUUUCCUCCUCGACCUCUGUUUGCUGCUUGAUUGCACUGCGAUCACUUCCAGCUUGUUCCUUCAUUCUGUGAAUUCUAACCAGCUUCUGUACAUCGCAAAACUUGCCAUCACCCUCCUCCCCAGCAAUAAUGGCGGAUAACGUGUCUGCUUCUACUCCGGUCUCCCAUCAACCACAAGCUUCGACUGCUGGCUCGAAUCAACAGUACGAUGCGCCCCAGGGAAAUGGCCAAACCAACCCCUCCCACAUGCCGCCGCCUCCUCGCCCGCCCGUGAUUAUCCCCCAGAACACCAACCCUAUUCCGACCGCUAUUACCUCUCCGAUGUCUGGAGGUAUGGUGUCCCCGACCAGCGCCGGCGGAUAUGUGCGUCGUGCUGCCCCUGAACCAAACAA